UUCUCUCGGUCAAGUCGGAGAACAACAACAGAACAGUGCAUCGAAGAUAGAAAACAAGAAUACUUCUCGUUGUGUUUCACGUGUAAAUUCAAGAUUACUGUAGUUUACGCCGACCAGGAAAUGCAAUUCAAAAGARACUAACUGGACUGGAAUUAAACACUGUAAACUAUGUCGAGAUCCUCACAAGGAAACAACCUAGAUACCCGUGAUCAUCUUACGCAAACAGAGAAAGAUACCUUUCCUUGUAGCACUGAUCUUGACAUAAUCGAGCUUCGCAGUGAACACMCUCAAUCAACAAAAACACAGUCUGAUAUCCCUACAGAUCAACAGUGCGGAUUUUCGACGGAUUUCAUGGAAAAUGAUGAKGACCUUUUGAUCAUAGACUUACAGGACGUGGAGAAAAUCCUGAGUAUGGCCGAAGAUCCGACUUCUUUGCAAAGUUUUGAUGAGAUGAGAAAUCUAAACAAAGAUAAGAAGUUUGACGAGUGGGUUUAUGUUGAGACGAACCGAAAAACUUUUCAAAUUCACGAUAAUCUGCUUCUUGUGAGCUCAGUUUAUGACGAUGAUYCGAAGUGUUGCGUGUUGCAAUGAUGAACAGAGUUGCAACACAAAAUGGCUUAAUAUAUAAAAYGUCAUAUAUUGCUUUUCUACAUUAACAUAUUUUAAUAGCUUUUAUAUAUGAAUGUUUGUAUGAGUAUAUUUAGGAAUUGGUAAUGCAAUAGUUCAGCUUUAAUUCGUGGCAAAACGUCUUGUCUUAUGUUCUCAUUUAUCGAAAUUGCAAGUUGGCUAUACGUAUUGGCAACAGCCUAGAAAAGAGAAAAAGUCAUUUAAAACUUAUUUAUUUCAUUUUAACAUUUGUUUAGUGCAUGCUAAUCAAUGCUAAAACAAUUAGAGCAGUCAGUCUCAUUAACUWACUCUGACCAGACUAGCCAUUCAUGUGGAAAAGUUCUUUUAGACUAUUUGCAAGGAGAAGUUAUAUUUGUAAUUGUCCUAUAAUACAAGAGGGUGUCCAGUGGGGGUGAUAAGGGUCACUAGCCAACCCCUUUCAUCCUCGGGAACCCAGGUGUAACCUGUUGGUCAUUCCUCCCAGAAAUAGUUCAGGAAGUGAGAAACGAACAGCAGCAGAUUGAAUGUGGGUUCCUUAGGAUGCUCCCUUUUGUAGGCUUMAAAAAUAUAUAAAUAGAAAUCAUGAUAUAAAUAAAUAAAAUAAAAGAUUUCAUUUUAAAAAAACAA